AUGUUCUGGGUUUGUGAAACUGGUACUGCUGGCAAUAAGCAAGCCAUCUGUCUGUCUGUACAAUUUUUAAAUAUACUUUUCGUUCACUUCAGAUCGAUUUCCGAAAUGAACUCGGGCGAAAACAUGGAAGACGGUGGUAACCAAGGUGGUAACCAAGGUGGUAACCAAUGGAAGGUGGUAACCAAGGUGGUAACCAAGGUGGUAACCAAGAUAGAGUACAGAGACGAUGCUCAAGACCUAGUGGAAUUGCUGAAUCGCGGUGCGCAGGGAUACGGACCCGUGAACGAGGAGCUUAUAGAGAAGUUGGCGAUGAGUAACGACGAGCUCAAAGAGACUGUGGGUCAGUUGGAGACGGCUCUUCGUGAUAUCCGUGAGGAGUACCAGGUGAAAUUCCUUGAGCAACAGCUUAAUCUGACGGAGUACGAGAUAAAGUUAACGGAGGCCCGGCAGCAACAGGAGGAUGCCGAAAUGCAAGCGCAGCAGCUGGUGGAGUUGAAUUCUGCGGUUACGCAAUUAACGGAUUUGGCGACGAAGUUGAAUGAGGAGCUCAUCUUGUCGCGCAAUGAGCAGCACUCGGAAACUAAGAAUGCAAGUGAAUACCUAAAGUCAAUUGAAGACCUUCAGCAACUUACUGCAUAUCUAAGUCGGUUAUGUGAGGAGCAAACUAAACUGAAUGCAGUCAAUGAUGGAAUACGAACCACUCUCGAAGGCUUGCAAGAAGCAUUACAACGAGAGAACGCAAUACUCAAGUCUGAAAAAGAACAACUUAGCGAAGUUCUUGAGGAAACAAUUUGUUCACUGACUGCGGAGAAUCAGUCGCUGCAAGAGUCUCUAAACAACGUUUACGAAGAGAGGGCCCGACUGGAAGCACUUGUCAAAUUUUACGAGUCAUCUGUAGCUGGUGACGACGGGCGGGAGGAGUGCAUUGAUCAACAGGAUUUUAGCGCGGAACAGAUUCAAGGAGAAUUUGGCUCGAGAACCGACGCGCCAGGAGAGACACCAGUGGAUAUCACUAGUCAGCCGACUCUUAUCUCCCCAAGCAUGCUUCAGGAUAUUGAGGACCUGAAAGGCCAGCUUGCCGCCGCCCAAGCUCAACUUGAGACCUACCGGUUGCGAGAGGAAGAAUUUAAAUCUAUGAACGCUGCGGAAGUUGCUAUAAGUCAGACAGUCCUAUCAGUACGUCGUGAUAACAUACGUUUGGAAAGUUACGUGAAAGAGUUAGGUCAUAAGAUGAGUAAGCUGCAAUUAGAGCUAAAUAAAAAGGAAAAAGAACUAGAGAGGAUGGCUAAGCAGGAAUCGGAAAAGAGUCUGGUGCCUGCAACCAUUUGUGCUUUGGAAUUGCGAUGUACUCAACAAGCAUGCUACCGAUUGCAACAGACUAUCCUACAACGAGACAUUGAGGAUAUGGAGACAACGUGGUCCAAGAUCGUAUCGUUUAACUUUGGGGAAGAAUCGGACUUAAGAUCUUCUGCUGAAAACUAUAUUGACUCCAAUAGAUCUUUAGGCUCCUACCGAUCGUUUGGCUCCAAUAGUUUGACGGGCAAAAGUGUCCCCGUUGUUCACCGCAGCUUAACCAAAGAUAUGGCAGUCAGAGAAACCGCUGUCAAGGCUGCUGUUUUUCCUCAGCACGGUGUCUUGUUAAAGAAAUUGGAAUUAAGAACGAAGCUCUUCGAAGCAGUCAUGCGAAAUCCUGCUCUUGAAUUUCACAAACGUGAAGGUCGUAAUCCUGUGUCAAAAGAACUGGUUCGGGAAAGGGCAGCUUUAAAUCACACUAUCAGUGGCAUCACUUUAAUGUACACGGCGAUUUCAAAGGAGGGACUCUACACCGAUUCUCCUUGGAAAAGACGAAAGCAAGUUCCCCAAGACGCAGAGUUGGUAUUCGUUCUUAAGAAAGCUGCCUCGAAAGCUACCAAGCUGUAUCUAACCGAGACGGAGUUACAACAAGCCUUCAUGUGCGCGAUAUGA